AAGAAGACGAUUACCACGGAGUUCAAUGUAGCUGCGCAAGAAAACGGCAAAAACACUCUAAACCUCAAUUCGGGUCUACUUCGACACGUCGAGACACACCUCGAGUGAUGUCAGACUCUGAAGGACGCCGCUCAUCUGUGUCCUCCAUCUCUUUGAUUGAGAUUAAGAGUGAGACUCAUUUAGUGCUCCAAGCUUUUCUACAUCGCUCCCUUUUAAUUCCUCUGAAAGAGAGGCCUGGGAGGGUAGGAGGGGCCUACAACGAUCACCACAAGUACAGUUCCAACCCAAAACCAAAAACAAAGGAUGAGCGGAAUCCUCAGGUUGUCACUUCAGGAGAUGAAAAAAAGACUGGAUUCAAAGACCUCAUAAAGCAACUGCCACAUCGUAACAGCACACAACGUCCUGCCAAAGACCCUGAAGGCUCAUUGGGCAGGAAGAGCAAAGCAAAACCUGCACACCUCAAAGACAAAAGCGAAGAUGACACCUCCUGUACAUCAGAAGAGGAUGAAAGUGAAAAGAAACUAAAGAAAAAGCUCAGCCAAAAAAACAUCAAACAGAAGCUCUCCAAGAUCUUCAGUUUAAGGUUACAGAAGGAUAAGGACAAACAGGAGCGUCCGUCUCAUCCGCAGCGACCUGACACAUUACCAAUUAACAAAAAACCGGAGCCUACACCAAAUGUCAUCUCUCCCAAUCACCCUCCUGAGUUCUACAGUAAUGUGGCAGAGAAGCUGGAAAAGAUUGCCCAGAAGUCUACCAGUAUAAAGAGAAAUAGUCCCAAAACACAGCCACCAACAGUAUGUGAUAAAGAAACAAUAGUGCAGGAACUUGUCAAGGUGCUCUCUUCGGAAGGAGACUCUAUCAAUACUGUGAUCCAAUCGGACCGUUUUCUUCGCUCCAGUUUGACCCGUCUUUCAUAUGCAUCGUUUUCCAAACUCCUGGAUGCUGUGAGCAGCAGUCAUGUAGCUGAAACUCUUUCUCAGCAACCAACAGCCAGUCCUACACUGCAACGGAUGGCUGUCAGCAUGGAAGUAUCACGGCGAAUAGUGACAGCCACGGGAACUCAGCGGAUGCAAGGCUAUGCAGAGUGCUACAUGGAGAACUUCGCCCCAUGGCUGAAAAGCAAUGGAGGAUGGGAGAAUGCAGUAACUUUGGAUGCGCAUCUAGAAUAUGACUGAGCAGUUUUGUUUUUUUUGUUUUUUUUCAACUAAACACCAACUGCUGGACCUGACGGGAAAGUGAAGAGGAAUAGAGAAACCUUCUCUGCUUUAAUAUGUGACUUCCUUUUUCUUCCAUGGCCUUAUGUAAACACUCAGUAAUUCUUGAAGCCUUUUGAAUUCUGCUGACAUUAGAAAGACUCUCCAGGUUUUUGAUUUGCACAAGUCAUUUGUUGUUACUAAUAUAGAUUAUUUUAUAAAAAAAAAGGCCUGUCAGUUAAAUUGAGAAUACCUCUAACAUCAGUUUUCUGUUCUGUAGUGACUGGGCAAUUUUUGCCUUCUUCCUUUCUGUUCAGUGAAUUGGUAAAAACUCCUACUUGUUUCUGUGUCCUUAAGACUGAGUCUAAACACUUUAUUUGUAUUAAAAAAAACCCUGUAAAUACCACCACCCACCCAGUACCCUUUUAAGAUUGAAUCUCACUGAAAAAUCUAAUUAACAAUCACCCUUAUAGUUUAGUUUCACAACUAUCCAGUGAGCUAAAGCAGACCAAGAUUUUAUGUCUUCUUUAGUCAAUUUCCAAAUAUUUACAUUUGCAUUUUAUUCUAAAGUUUGAUUUGUUAGUUCCUGCACUGCAUGCCUUACUACUGGUAUUGUUCUUUCUGUGGAUCUAAUUUACAUGGGAUCACAAGAUGUGGAUUUGUGUAUGUUAGCAAAAGCUAUAUAGAGGGUAUAAUGUUUAGAGAUUAGUGACUGAUAUUUCUAUUGCUAUCGUUUGAUUGACAGGUCUUUAAUCCACAAAAGGUAAACACUAAAGUUUUUGAUUUUUUUGUUUUUGCUAUUUUUCCAGUUUUUUUAAUUGAGUUGGAACAGUCUGUGUUUUUGCAUGAUCCAAAGUGUUUUUGUGUGUCUAUUUUCUAUUUGAGUAGGAGCAUUUAAACGCCUCCUGUCUGUAAGUUAUGAGGAGAGAUUCUACAUGUUUGAAUUGCACUAGGUGUAAUAGGGACUGUCCCUUUUUGUUGUUGUUUUUUGUUUGUUUGGUUUGGUUUCACACCAAGAUGAUCCUGGGUUCAAACCCACCAGGAGGAGCCUUUCUGUGUGGAGCAUAUUGUCCCUGUGCUCAUCUGUUCACUCCAGGCAAUCUGGGCUUCCUUAGCCACAGUUGUAAAUCUGUCUCUCUAUAUAACUUGUGUGUGUGUGUGUGUGUGUGUGUGUGUGUGUGUAAUAUUUUAUUAUUUUUAUUGUAAAUAAUAACCGUUUCCUGUUGAAAGUGGACAAAUUCCUUAAGGAUGUAAGUAUUAACAUGAAUGGACAUAAUGUAAUAUUCAACCUAAAACCUUAGUAAAGCCACAGUCUUUACACUGUAUGUAUGUAAUUGUGAGUUUACCUUUUAUGUUUUUAUUGAUUUUUUUUUUUUUUUUUUUUUUUUUUUUUUUGCAAAGGCACUUUACAUUAUUUUGACAUGAAACAUCCAUCUCUGUUCUCUUAAGGUUUUAAUAGUUCACUGUUUUUGUUAACUAAUUACACCAAUUUACAAGCAAAACACUGAUAUAUGCCACACAGGGGAUGUAAUGUCUAAAGGAUAAAUUACUGGUUUUAUGUGAAGUCCUUUCUGUGUGGAGUUUGCAUCUUCUCCUCCUGUUUGCGUGGGUUGUUCUCUCCGGGUACUUCGGCUUCCUCCCACAGUCCAAAGACACGGAGCGACCAAGCGAGAGGGAACAGAUGGAUGGAGUUGAAACUGAGCUGCACGUCUUACAGGGAAUCACCUGAAUCAAGUCUUCAUGUACUUUAUCUUACUUUCUGCUAGUCUCACAAAGCUUACUCAGUUUGUUACUCAAACUUUUGUCAAAUAGGACAUUUUUUAUUUAUUUAUUUUUACUGUUUUUCAUUUUUAGGUGAACUUACUCUAAUGUUAAGACAUUGGAGUCAUGUUGAGUAUGUUGAGACUAAUGUCUCAACAUACUCAAAUUCUUGUGCAUGUUGUGACCUUUAAGCAGGGUGGAUAUCAGUGA